CAAAAAUAGUACGUGAUGUUAUUUGUUGGUCAGAAGCACAUAACAAACAAACAUGCUCUAUUUAUCGAACUGCAGUUUAAAUCUCAGAGACUGAAUUGAAUUAAUGCAAGGAUGGUUUCUAGCCUCUUCUUUUUCAGAUCAGCUAUUGGUAUCACUGUAUUAUGACAUUUUGAUUUUCACGCAGCCUGUGCGGCCAAGCCUUCGAAAAUUUAACAAAAUCAUCGCAAAUCGAACUGUAACACUUCAAAACUCUGCAGGAAUUAUUUGAUUCCGACAAUUUAAAUUGACAUUAUUGACCAUUGUCUUGAUUAUUGUUCGAUUAGUGCUGAAAAUCGAUUUGAAAGUAAAGUUACCAGUUGGUUGAGGAUGGGCCAGCUGUUAGCCAGCCCCCAUCCGCCGCAAUUUCCGAGGCCUCAAAUUGCUGGAGACAGUUUCAAUUUACAGCAGCAGCGGGAUGAAAGAAGGCGGCAUAGAGUCGAUCGCGAGACUGCCGGACAACAGGAAGAAAGUGUAAUGGGAAGGGAUGAUGAGAGGGUGGAGAGUGACUUUGAUGAGGUUGAAGUAGUGGAUGAGAUAAGAAGAUCCAACAUUGCGUGGACACUAUCCAGGAUGGGUCUGUUGUUCGGAGGUGGCGACGAGCGUGGCCCAGCUGGUUCCUUCGGUCGGCGGUCCCGACUGGCCUUUCCUGAUCUGGCCAGACUGCCUGCCCAAGUGAGUCUGUCCAUCCUGUCCCACCUGAAUGAGACUGAACUAUGUCUGGCAGCCUGUGUGAACGAACAGUGGCGACAACUGGCCGACGACGACCUCCUCUGGCUAUCUCUGUGUAAGUCGUGUUGGGGCUACACUAGUGUGUAUGGCCGAGGGGGUCCCCGUGGUCUGCAGCAGAUGUCCCCCCUUAAGAAUGUGUUCCUGCUGCUAGAUGAGGCGACUCUCACAUUCAACUCACACUCACAGGGACCCCAGGAGGGUAUACAUCAGUUGGUGGAUGGAGGAGUGCUAGACGACUGUGCUUUGGAGAUAGCCAAGUUCAUUCACUGCACUGACAAACUCAGGGCUGAGAGGGUGCGGCGAUAUCUGGAAACCAGACCAGACGUGUUGAGCAACGUAAUCUCAUUUCAACAUUUUGGCCACUCUUUCCUCCCCAAUGCCCUCAGGACUCUUUUCCGCAAAAUUGAAGCCCCCACAAUAAGGGGUGACUUUUUAGAGACAUUGCUCAACUGCUUCGCCCACAGAUUCACAGAGUGCAACCCGGACCAACACCUCUCGUCUGAUGAGGUGUACGUGUUGUGUUUUUCUCUCAUCCUCCUCUCAGUGGACAUGCACAGUCCGCAUGUGAAGACGAAAAUGUCCAAGAGAGAGUUCAUUCGCAAUGUCAGAGGCGCCAUCACUGCCAUGCACACCAACCCCGAUCAACAGGCCAACACACAGCAGCUGUAUGACUACGACGAGAUGGUGGGACACAUGUACGACAACAUAUACCUCAUAGGUCACGUGGCCAAUGCCGCCGCAUCCACCUCUUCUUCUACAUCUGCAGGCAGACAUAAUAACACCAACAGUUACAGCACAAGAGACGCAGGUAGAAAUGCCACGAGAGCUACUAACCACAAUAGGCGCAAUCACAUACUCAACAACAACAAUACUAAUAGAGCUCCUCUGUUCGUCAGAUGAAACUAGAUGUGACUGCUCUCUUUGGAAAAACGCAAAAUACCAAUCAUACUUGAUACUUAUUUGAAGCAAACAAUCGAUUCAAACUUAUUUUAUCUGAUUUCAACUCAAACACAGAAGCGGCCCUAUUGACUUGAGUACUACAAUCUUGCGACCAAAAGAGUUAAUCGCACUUUCACUUCGGUCGAACUGUUAGUAUUGAAACCGACUGAAACUAGUGACACUUCAGCAGCAACUUCAAAUUUCCCCUUCUACCUACCAACUCAGCUAAUAAAUGGCCUUCUCUUCAUUUUAUUACAUUAGUUAGCAUACACAUCUCAAAAACUCUAAUCUGUACAUAAUUAUAACUUAUAGAAAGCUAUGACCUUACUCAAAAUUUAAUAUACCAAUCCAGAAUUGAAUUCUAUUGAAUUAAGUUUUCA